GUUUGGUUUGGCCCACUGAAAAAUAAGGUUAUGUUAGUUACAUGUUGAAAUAUAUUCAUUCCAGAUUCUAAACUUCAUUGUAAAACGUGCCCAUUCGCGAAUAUACAGUGCUAAAUUCAAACAAGAUGGGCUUAUAUUGUAUUUUAUGCGGUAGAAAGGACAAAUCUGUUUCCUAUUUACGAUUUCCAUCAAAUAAGCAUAUCAGGAAGCAGUGGUUGAAUUUCUGUAAGAAGAGCGAGAAAAAUUUGUAUGACUCACACAGAUUAUGUACAGAUCACUUCAAACCCGAGGAUCUGAAAAAGCGUUCAAGGUGUGUCGUUGUGCAGGCAGAAGCUGUGCCUUGCAUAUAUUCGACUGAUGAUGACAAUAUCUGUUCCACCGGAAUCAUGAAUAGUGAUUUGAAGAAUGACAAUAUUAUUGCCGUGAAUUAUUCACAGUCCACAACAGUAACAGAAAAUAUAGAUAGCGAUCCUGCUCAUUGUACUGGAAUAGGCAAUUGUGAAAUUCCUCUGGAUGAUUGCCUAACUUCCUUGAUACGGGAAGAAGAUGCUCAUUGCAGCAGCAAGAAGGAACGUUUAGAUUCCGAUUUUAGUGAAUUGGUUUCUAAUGAUGGUAUUGAUUCAACAAUCCCCAUUCAAAAAUUACCAGUGUCUGCCCUUACACCAGCCAUUUGUGAUUCUGCUCCACCAAUGAUACUAGAUCCACGUUAUGUUGGUGAUAUCCAGUUAUCUCAUCUGGCAACACCAAGACAAGCUACAAAAGCCAUCAAUGUAAUGCGACGUACUGUUACACAGCAACGACAGAAAAUUGAAACAUUGCAGAAAAAAUUCAGUAGAUGCAAGCAACGUAUAUCUUUGCUAAAGGAUCUGGUCUCCGAUUUGAAGAAAAGAAAUUACAUUUCUGAAACUGCUGCUAACAUUUUAAUGGUACGUUUAAAUAAAAUUUAUCUGUCAAUGAAGGCUCCAAAUAAAGCCAAAAGAAACGAUCAUAUUCGACAAAAAUAUUCAAAACUAAUUUUAUUUAAACACGAAUAAAAUUGUAACAAAGUGUAAAAUAAUUUCACCGUAUUAUAUUAAAAGUACUUAUUGAUUUCCUCAA